AUGUCUUCCAACCAGCACAAUGUUCAGUCUUAUACCAAACUUACCACCAAGGAGUAUCAGUCAUAUACCAAUACCCGUAAACAAAUCUAUGGCCAAAAUGUGAAUACUCGACUACAUCCCACUCCCCAGGCAGAGCGCGAUUACAAUACCUACAGCCAAUGGCGCGAGCAGUCCAACGCCUCACGAGAUGAGUACGAAAAAAGCUUGAAAGAAGCUAUCGGCCCAAAUGGCAAUUACCAGAUGCUACAGCAGAGGCAGCACCAGGACCUGGUUUUGCCAGCAGCUCAGGCAGCCACUGACACAAAUUUGCAUGCUAGUACUCGCAACAACUUCUUGGAUAAGCACCCUUAUGCAUAUAAAAAUGCUAGAGCAAGAAAGCAGCAUGAAAAGCUGGCGGAUAGCUCUUUGAAAGAGGCAAAACAUUACCGUCAAGCCUAUGAUACGCAUUACGAGAAGGCUGGUAAGCCUGCUCCGCCGAUAAGGCAAGCCCCGUAUGGUACACACGGUUCUUCUACUGCUGCAACUCCAGGCGUCCCUAGCCUGCCGCCGUCGGUCCCUGUCCCUCCCCCUCGGCGAGCUGAAGGCUCGGGGAUCCCCAGUCCAAGUGAGGCCUAUGGACAGGUUGGCCCUUACCAGGACCAACCUGCGACUCCUCCAUCGAUGCCAACCACUUACCGUCAGCUAUCAUCUGCGUCUGCUCCGCUUCCCCAACGCCCCCAAUACACCAGUAUUCCCACCGCAAGCGAGGCAUACGGCCGCUCCUCUGGUGUUGGAAUGGGGGCUGCUUAUCGUCAGCCAACAUCAGCUUCUAUUUCUCCCCCUUGGCGUCCUCAAGAUGCCAGAAUCCCUAGCCCAAGUGAGGCAUACGGACAAGCGUAUUACGGCACACAAAGCUCUACCAGGACCUCCGUGUCGACUCCUUAUGGUCAACAGCCUUCUGUGUCUGCUCCUCUUCCUCCUCACCUAUACGGACCAAGACUUCCCAGCCCGGAACAAGUCUACGGUAGCAAUGGCUCUUCUCGAAAAAUGGAUCGCCGACAGUAG